AUGGAUGGAUUUUACGACCAGCAAGUGCCUUACAUGGUCACCAAUAAUCCGCGUGGGAGAAACUGUAAUGAGAGACCGACAAAUGUCAGGAAAAGAAAAUUCAUUAACAGAGACCUGGCUCAUGAUUCAGAAGAACUCUUUCAAGAUCUGAGCCAAUUACAAGAGACAUGGCUUGCAGAAGCUCAGGUACCUGACAAUGACGAGCAGUUUGUGCCAGACUAUCAGGCUGAAAGUUUGGCUUUUCAUGGUCUCCCUGUGAAAAUCAAGAAGGAACCCCAUAGCCCAUGUUCAGAACUUGGGUCCGCUUGCAGUCAAGAGCAACCAUUCAAGUUCAGUUAUGGGGAAAAGUGCCUGUACAAUGUCAGUGCCUAUGAUCAGAAACCACAAGUGGGAAUGAGGCCCUCCAACCCACCAACGCCAUCCAGCACUCCUGUGUCACCGCUGCACCAUGCCUCCCCAAACUCCACUCAGACUCCUAAACCUGACCGGGUUUUCCCUACUCACAUCCCUCCAUCCCAGUCCAUUCAAGACAGCAGCUUCCCUAUGGAUCACAGAUUUCGCCGCCAGCUCUCUGAACCUUGCAAUUCUUUCCCACCUUUGCCUGCAAUGCCAAGGGAAGGACGUCCAAUAUAUCAGCGCCAGAUGUCGGAACCAAACAUCCCUUUCCCGCCUCAAGGUUUUAAGCAGGAGUACCACGAUCCAGUUUAUGAACACAAUGCUAUGGUUGGCAACGCAGCCAGUCAAAAUUUCCCCCCUCCUCUGAUGAUUAAACAGGAACCUAGGGAUUUUGCAUAUGAUUCAGAAGUGCCUAGCUGCCAUUCCAUUUACAUGAGGCAAGAAGGCUUCCUGGCUCACCCAAACAGAACAGAAGGCUGUAUGUAUGAGAAGGGACCUAGGCAGUUUUAUGAUGACACUUGCGUUGUUCCAGAGAAGUUUGACGGUGAUGUCAAGCAGGAGCCAGGCAUGUACCGUGAAGGACCCACGUAUCAACGGCGAGGCUCGCUUCAGCUCUGGCAGUUCUUGGUAGCUCUUCUUGACGACCCAUCCAACUCUCACUUCAUAGCAUGGACUGGCCGAGGCAUGGAGUUCAAGCUGAUUGAGCCAGAGGAGGUGGCACGUCGCUGGGGGAUUCAGAAAAACAGGCCAGCUAUGAACUAUGAUAAACUUAGCCGAUCGCUUCGCUAUUAUUAUGAAAAGGGAAUCAUGCAAAAGGUGGCUGGAGAGAGAUACGUCUACAAGUUUGUUUGUGACCCUGAAGCGCUUUUCUCCAUGGCUUUUCCCGACAACCAGCGCCCCUUACUGAAGACUGACAUGGAGCGCCACAUCAAUGAGGAGGACACUGUGCCUCUGUCCCACUUUGAUGAGAGCAUGGUCUACAUGCAGGAUGGAGGCUGCUGCAACACCCACCCCUAUAAUGAAGGCUAUGUCUAUUAA